AUGGCCUCCUGGUUCAGCUGGAAUGAGCCUUACUACCGGAGCCCCCGGCGGGACCCGGCCGACGUGGUCACCGACACCCUGAUGCUGGAGUUCAGCUGGCAGCUGAAGGAGGCCGAGAGGCAGCAGAAGGAGAGGGAGAGCGAGUACCGGCGCCUGAAGACCGGGGUGGACUACAGCUGGCUGGCCAGCACGCCUCGCUCCUCCUACAGCAUCCCCACCGGCGAGAGGCUCAGCCUGGAGGACAUCUGCUCCAAGGUGCCGCCCUCCUGCUGCGGCCUGGUCAUUCUCAAGUUCAGGGAGGCCAUGCAGGCCAACGAGCCCGAGGUGCAGGAGGUGUCGGACCUGUUCCGCUCCGUCCUCCUCGAGGCUCUGGACCACCUGAAGGAGGAGCAGGAGGCGCAGCGGCUCGCCCGCCAGUGGAACAACAAACGGACCAUGAGCGUGUCCCUCGUGAACUUCAGGUCCCGGAUCAAGAUCAACCCCUUCGGCAGCACGGUGGGCCUGACCUCCUCCGCGGCCGAGGGCGCCGGGAUGAGCGAACUGAAGACGGUGUCCGAGGACGUGGAGAGGGGGACGGAGAAGGAGCAGCGGGCGUGGAGCAUGCCCGACUUCAGGUACAAAGGAGCCAGCAGCAACAAGGUGGUUUGA